CCGCGAGCCAGUCGCAAGAAGCGCGCGCGCAUGCAGCGACACGACACGAACGACUCUCGCGAAUUGUUUAUUAUAUAGUUAGAUAGUUACAUGGCAAUAGUUUGACUUUUUUAUUAUGUGAUAAUAUAUUUUAUUUAGCAUCGUGUGUAAGGUUAUUUAAUCGUUAUUAUUUAAGAAUCUCGUUUAAAAUAAGAUUAUUUAAUUUUCGUUAAAAUACGUAAUUAAGUGGGACCAAAAUGACUAUAAAAAAUAAAAAGACUAAACAAUCAAGUACGUCCGAAGUUACGUCAUCAAAGAGUGCGUCGACUAGUGUCCAGAAGUCUAGCACAUCGACAUCUGUGCAAAAAAGUAGUAACACUCUUCACAAGGUCAGCUCUUCUGGUAAGAAAGUACGCUACAUUGAUGUUAAAGUCGAGGAAGAUGACCCGCUUAUGAUUACUGAUAUAUCUGAUCAUGCGUCGAUCAGUGGUUCUACUAUAUCAGAACAUUAUAAUAGCCACCCUAACUACAUAAUAACUGAGGCUCCUUCGGUCUCCGAUUUAUCACAGAUAAGAUCUCAUGAGCACCAUGUGAGCGAUAUGGCUCAAGCAACUACUGGUGAGUUUAUAUCUAGCUCUGUGCUACAGGAGUCCUCAUCAUCACACCAACAGAGUUCUAAAAGUGAAACCUAUGAGACUUCUUCGACAUCUGUUCAACACUCUGGUUCUAGUCACAGUCAAACGUUUGACAGAACCAUGGACUCUUCCGUUGACAAUCAGACACUUAAUACGGCGUUUAUAGACAACGCGGCACAUAAUACAACAGGAUCAAGUAACACAUUCCUGUCGAGAUCGAAUGGAGCAAAUGCAACCGAUUCGUUUAUUCAGUCCGAGCGUCAGAAUUUAGUAAAUCAACAAUCAAGUUUCAAUCAAGAUCAAACGAAAAACCAGUUUACAACAAAUGUAAAAAAUACCAGUUCAGGUGUUUCAAACAAUAAAAAUAUUCGCGAGAAUGAACGUAGCACAGUUAUUGACCCCUCGCGUCGAAUCCAGACCGUGGGGUCAGAUCGUUCUAAUUUUUAUGGUGGAGAAGGCACUCUUGACAAAAGUGGCAAGACAAAAGAGUAUAGCAGCACAUCACAUUCUAGUGAGUCUAAAAGCAGCAAUGUAACAAAAUCAUCAUCAUCUUCAUACGUUGUUGAAAUUGUCGAUGGAAAAGAACGUAUAAUUGAUAGCUCAAAGAGAGAAUGGGGUGAUGCCCAGGAAAAUGCAACUAAAGAAGACUAUUCAAGCGUUAGUGGAACUGGAAUAAAAACUGAAACGGCUUACGGUAUUCAAAAUUACGACAUGAAAUCCAAAUAUGAUACUGGUAAAGAUGGAAGCAAGCCAACUAGUGAAAUGACUAUGAGAGAAAACUCUAAAUUUGUGAAGGAUGGAAAUCAGAUAACAAGCCAUGAGAGUCUAAUAUCUCAAAAAGAUAAUGCAAUUCAACAACAACACAGCUCGACACAAGAACAAAUAAUGUCUGGUGAUUCGACCCGUGAAAAUAUAACAUCUAGAGGCAAUAUUCAAUCUACAUUGUCCAGUGAUAUAGAUAGCCAUCACACUGAUAGAAAUAUCGUUGAAAGUAAUACCACACAAAUGAAUAAAGUGAACAAUCAAACCAACAAUCAAAUAAGCAACGUCAGGCGCAAUUUCAAUCAAACUGAUGCAUCCAACUUUUAUGGCUACGAUUCCACAAUACAAAACCAACUUAAAAAAGUUGGCAAUAUUUUGCAAGUUUCCGAUACAGAAAACCUUAACUAUUCAACGAAAAUUUUAAAGAGUAAUACAAGCAGUGCACAGCAAGAGUCGACAUCAUCGUAUGUGUUGGAAGUUGUAGAUGGAAAACAAAGAAUUGUAGAUAGUUCCCAUAGAGAAUGGGGAGACAGUAAAGAUCGAUCAACAUACGAAAAAAGUCACCAAAUAAGUGGUACUGAUAUAGAACCACAACAUGAGUAUUCGCGUCAUGUUUUGGACAAAGAGUCAUAUUACGAUACUGGAAAAGAGGGAAUACCUAAAAGUGGCACAUAUGUUACAGAGGAAUCUGCUUUAUAUAAAAAUGGAAAAGAAAUUGCUUCAACAAGUAAUACUUAUGGUGGUGACUUCAGGAAGAAGCCAGCUAUAACUGAACACCCUACUGAUAUAGAUGAUAUUCAACAUAGAGGAAACACUACAACAUCGACACAUAAAGAUGUAAAAUCUGAUAAUUACGUUACUUCCAGCGACACACAAUCGCACGUUCAAGACACUAAAGACGUUACAAAAACUACUGACUUUAUUACGACCGAGACACAAAACCUCAGCAAACAGACAUCUUCUACAUCGAAAUCACAAACUAAAGAUACUUUAACUACGUAUGAAAGAAGUACUGGAACAUGGAAUGGUAAAUUUACUUACGAAACUGAUGAUGAUAGACCUAAGAGACCAAAACAAAUGUCUCCUUUUGGUAGACCUGAACAGCCAAAACAUCACUUAAAAAGACAAGAUACAGAAGAAAAUAUUAUUUUGUCUUCAAGAGAUAUAAAAGACUUUACAUCUAUUAGUGACUUACGUAAAAUCAUUGAAACUUCUCAGACUAAUAAAGACAUAACUGUGAGUAACAACAACAUAGUUAUAAAGAGAAAUAUCGACGACAGAGUAUUAAAGGAAAUUAUAGAUACAGUUAAAAAGUAUCCAUUCAAGAGAAUAGACAAAGUUUCUUUUGGAACUAGGAUCAAUGAAGACGUAAAAGACUUGUACGAAGGAAUUGAUACAGAACAAACUACUAUUAUAAAUACUACAACAGGCGAUACGAUCAAAAAAUCGUUUGAGGUUGAGAAAACAAAGAGUCAAAUUGAAGUAACUCGUUAUAUAAAUGAUAAUGGUAUAACCAGAAAAAUAACUACUUAUGAAGAUGCGAAAGAAGAUGAGAAGAUAAAGACUGACGUUUUUGUCGACAAUAGCUCGUUAGACAUCAGAAACUUGAAGGAUGUCCGAACAACGAAAGAUGUACGCGAAUACGACGUGGUCGAUCGUGCUAUCACCGACACCACGAGGGAGGACACUGUCGUCAGCACCAUCUACGACGAGACCAUCAUAGAUGACCGAAAAACUGUGCGAGAUGACAGAAACGUCAUAGAAAAAACUGUCUACAUUGAUGAGACCAGGCCAAAACAAGGUGGCCCCAGAAAACCAGAGAAAAUAAUCGAGAAGGAACAGUGCAUAUGCGAAAUCUGUACUUGUGGGCGUCACCGCUGCACACACAACGAUGUCCCGGAGCCAUUGUUCGAUGUGGAGCACACUACGAGCGUGGUCUCCGCAUACAAACAAGAUUACGACGAAAAACACGUCAGCCGCACAACGGCUGUGUAUCAAGAAGAUCAUUUGAGGCUUGAAGGAGAUUUCCAAGAGCCUGAGCGUCCUCGUUGGCAGCCUGUUGAGCGACCUAAAGCAACAAAACCAGAAGACAAUCUUAAACCAGAAGGUGAUUUUGAAAAGAGACGCCCUGAAGAGUGGCGCCCAGGUGAUAGAGCUCCAGUAAAGAAACCGGAAGAUAAUCUAAAGCCUGAGGGAGAUUUCGAAAGGCGUAAACCAGAUGAAUGGCGUCCUGGUGAUAGGGCUCCUACACGUCGCCCUGAAGACAAUCUUAGACCUGAAGGUGAGUUUACCACACCUGACAAAGAACUAUGGCGACCUGCAGAACGCCAAAAGGCAAAAAAACCUGAAGACAACUUACGCCCUGAAGGUGACUUCGAAAAACGUAAGCCUGAAGAAUGGCGUCCUGGAGACAGAGCACCAAUUCGUCGUCCUGAAGACAAUCUAAGACCAGAAGGAGAAUUCUCUACUCCCGAUAAAGAGCCUUGGCGACCAGCUGAACGACAAAAACCUAAGAAACCGGAAGAUAACUUACGACCUGAAGGAGAUUUCGAAAAACGUAAGCCGGAUGAAUGGCAGCCAGGAGACAGAGCACCAGUACGCCGUCCUGAAGAUAAUUUAAGACCAGAAGGUGAUUUUGAAGAUCGACGACCAGAACAGUGGAUGCCCGGUGAUCGAGCACCUACGCGCCGUCCUCAAGAUAAUCUUAAACCAGAAGGAGAGUUUACUACACCUGAAAAAGAGCCAUGGCGGCCAGCUGAGCGUCAAAAGCCUAAAAAGCCAGAAGAUAAUUUGCGCCCUGAAGGUAAUUUUGAGAGACAUAAACCUGAGGAAUGGCAACCUGGUGAUAGAGCUCCGGUUCGCCGUCCACAAGACAAUUUAAAACCUGAGGGUGAUUUUGAAGUCAGAAAGCCAGAAAAAUGGCAGCCUGGUGAUCGAGCGCCUGUCAAACGUCCAGAAGAUAACUUAAAGCCAGAAGGUGACUUUGAGAAAAGACGCCCUGAAGAAUGGCGUCCUGGUGAUCGAGCUCCAACACGUCGCCCUGAAGACAAUCUUAGACCUGAAGGAGAGUUUACCACACCUGAUAAAGAACCAUGGCGACCUGCAGAACGCCAAAAGGCAAAAAAACCUGAAGACAACUUACGCCCUGAAGGUGACUUCGAAAAACGUAAGCCCGAGGAAUGGCGUCCUGGUGAUAGAGCAACGGUCCGACGGCCAGAAGAUAAUUUAAAACCAGAAGGUGAUUUCGAGGACAGAAGGCCUGAAGUCUGGAGGCCAGGUGACAGAGCCCCUGUCAAACGUCCCGAAGAUAAUUUACGACCUGAAGGAGAAUUUUCAACUCCUGAAAAACAACCUUGGAAACCAGCAGAACGGCAAAGACCGAAGAAACCAGAAGAUAAUCUUAAGCCAGAAGGAGAUUUUGAAAAAAGAAAACCUGAAGAAUGGCUACCAGGAGAUAGGGCUCCUGUAAGGCGACCAACUGAUAAUUUGAAACCAGAAGGUGAAUUUACUACGCCUAAAAAAGAAGAAUGGACACCAGCUGAAAGACCUCAACAGAAAAAACCAGUGGAUAAUCUUAAACCUGAAGGUGAAUUUACAAAACGACAGCCGGAGGAGUUUAAACCAGCAGAAAAACCUUUAGUGAAAAAACCUCAGGAUAAUUUACGACCAGAAGGUGACUUUACGACUUCUAGAACAAUAACUGAAGACUACAAAGUAGUUACUGGUGAAAGAGCCGAAAUAAUAAGACGUACUGAUAACAUAAUUACUGAAGGCGAAUUUGUAGAUUCAACAACAUCACGCAGUGAGUAUACAUUGAAACCUGCCGAAAGACCGAAACCGGUUCGGAGGAAUACUUGGACUAAAAUAGAAGGAGAUAUGAUAACUGAAACAACGUCACAGUCAGAAUACAUAGAUUAUACGGAUACAGUCGAACGGACAACUAUAAUUAAACGUAAAACAGAUAAUUUAAUACAUGAAGGAGAAAUAGAUUUUGUUACGUCAAAUCAAAAAGAUUACACUGAAAAAAAUACAAUAAUAGAAAGGCCCCAAAGGCGUAGAACAUGGACAAAAGAAGACUUUGAUAAAUUUUAUUCAACAGAAAAUACUGAAACUCUUACUACGACGCAAGAGGAAUACAGAACUUACGAACAAAAAGGUCCAAGACGACCGGAGGUGAGAAAACCUAAGGAUAAUCUUAAACCGGAAGGUGAAUUCGAAAAGCCAACACCUAAAGAGUGGCUUCCGGCUGAAAGACCAAAGCAAAGCAAGCCUGAAGAUAACUUACAACCAGAGGGUGAAUUUACAACACCCGAUAAAGAAAAGUGGCGUCCCGCUGAACGGCCUGUUCAAAAGAAACCCAAAGACAAUUUGAAACCUGAAGGCGACUUUGAACAAAGACAGCCAGAAGAAUGGCAACCAGCUGAACGUCGGACACAAAGCAAACCAAAGGACAAUCUCAAGCCUGAGGGAGAUUUUGAACAACCGAAAACAGAAGAAUGGCGUCCUGCCGAAAGGCAAACACCUACAAAACCUAAAGAUAAUCUCAAGCCAGAAGGCGAAUUUGAAACUCCUGAAAAAGAGAAAUGGCGUCCAGCGGAGAGACCGAAAGCUACGAAGCCACAUGAUAAUUUAAGACCUGAAGGUGACUUUGAGCACCGAAAGCCAGAAGAAUGGCAACCUGCAGAACGUCGGACACAAAGAAAACCAAAGGACAAUCUUAAGCCUGAGGGAGAUUUUGAGCAACCUAAAUCUGAAGAUUGGCGACCUGCUGAGAGGCAAACACCUACGAAACCUAAAGAUAAUCUUAAACCAGAAGGUGAAUUUGAAACUCCUGAAAAAGAGAAAUGGCGUCCAGCGGAGAGACCUAAAGCUACGAAGCCACAUGAUAAUUUAAGACCUGAAGGUGACUUUGAGCACCGAAAGCCAGAAGAAUGGCAACCUGCAGAACGUCGGACACAAAGAAAACCAAAGGAUAAUCUUAAGCCUGAGGGAGAUUUUGAGCAACCUAAAUCUGAAGAUUGGCGACCUGCUGAGAGGCAAACACCUACGAAACCUAAAGAUAAUCUUAAACCAGAAGGUGAAUUUGAAACUCCUGAAAAAGAGAAAUGGCGUCCAGCGGAGAGACCUAAAGCUACGAAGCCACAUGAUAAUUUAAGGCCUGAAGGUGACUUUGAGCACCGAAAGCCAGAAGAAUGGCAACCUGCAGAACGUCGAACACAAAGAAAACCGAAGGACAAUCUUAAGCCUGAGGGAGAUUUUGAGCAACCUAAAUCUGAAGAAUGGCGACCUGCUGAGAGGCAAACACCUACGAAACCUAAAGAUAAUCUUAAACCAGAAGGUGAAUUUGAAACUCCUGAAAAAGAGAAAUGGCGCCCAGCGGAGAGACCUAAAGCUACGAAGCCACAUGAUAAUUUAAGGCCUGAAGGUGACUUUGAGCACCGAAAGCCAGAAGAAUGGCAACCUGCAGAACGUCGGACACAAAGAAAACCGAAGGAUAAUCUUAAGCCUGAGGGAGAUUUUGAGCAACCUAAAUCUGAAGAUUGGCGACCUGCUGAGAGGCAAACACCUACGAAACCUAAAGAUAAUCUCAAGCCAGAAGGUGAAUUUGAAACUCCUGAAAAAGAGAAAUGGCGCCCAGCGGAGAGACCUAAACCUACUAAGCCACAUGAUAAUUUACGACCUGAAGGUGACUUUGAACAAAGACAGCCAGAAGAAUGGCAACCUGCAGAACGUCGGACACAAAGAAAACCAAAGGACAAUCUUAAGCCUGAGGGAGAUUUUGAGCAACCUAAAUCUGAAGAUUGGCGACCUGCUGAGAGGCAAACACCUACGAAACCUAAAGAUAAUCUGAAACCAGAAGGUGAAUUUGAAACUCCUGAAAAAGAGAAAUGGCGCCCAGCGGAGAGACCUAAAGCUACGAAGCCACAUGAUAAUUUAAGACCUGAAGGUGACUUUGAACAAAGACAGCCAGAAGAAUGGCAACCUGCAGAACGUCGGACACAAAGAAAACCAAAGGACAAUCUUAAGCCUGAGGGAGAUUUUGAGCAACCUAAAUCUGAAGAUUGGCGACCUGCUGAGAGGCAAACACCUACGAAACCUAAAGAUAAUCUGAAACCAGAAGGUGAAUUUGAAACUCCUGAAAAAGAGAAAUGGCGCCCAGCGGAGAGACCUAAAGCUACGAAGCCACAUGAUAAUUUAAGGCCUGAAGGUGACUUUGAGCACCGAAAGCCAGAAGAAUGGCAACCUGCAGAACGUCGGACACAAAGAAAACCAAAAGAUAAUCUUAGACCUGAAGGAGAUUUUGAACAACCAAAGCCAGAAAAAUGGCGACCUGCUGAGAGGCAAACACCUACAAAACCCAAAGAUAAUUUGAAACCUGAAGGAGAAUUUGAAAAACCAAAAGAAGAUAAAUGGCAACCGGCAGAAAGACAAACUCCUAAAAAACCACAAGAUAAUUUGAAGCCAGAGGGCGAUUUUGAAAAACCUGUGCAAGAAAAAUGGCAACCCGGUGAACGACCUACACAAAAACGCCCUCAAGAUAAUCUUAAACCUGAAGGAGAUAUGGAUGUUGUUCGACGGACAGAUUAUUCAGUCACUCGUGGUGAUCGUGCUGAUGUUGUUAGGCAUGAAGAUCAUCUUAAAAUGGAAGGUGUUAUUGAUGUUCGCCGCACUAGAGACGACUUCAAGCGGAUUGAAAAAACAGAAAAGGUAAUCAUUCAGAGGCACGAAGACAAUUUGAGAACGGAGGGUGAAUUUAUUGAUCUUUGUACUCGUAAUGAUUACAAUGCUACCAAAGGUGAAAGAGCACCAGUGAUCAAACCUCAGGAUAAUCUUAAGCCUGAUGGCAAAUUUUAUAAACCUGAAGUAGUUCCGUCUCAACCAGCUGAAAAACGUAAGCCUUUCAAACAUGUCGAUAAUAUUUCAAUCGACAGGGAUGCUGAUAUAAGCCGUAAACAAAAAAUUGAAAGAGUGGACAUAAUCCGACGAGAAGAUAAUUUGAAAAUCGAAGGUGAAUUUAUAGAUAUGAAACAACGAAAUGAUUAUAAAGUUGUGACUGGUGAUAAGUCAACAAUUGUAAAACAUGAAGACAAUCUUAAAAUGGAAGGGAAAAUGGAGAACAUUCGCUCUUCAGACACAUAUCGGGUCGUUAAAGGUCAAAGAGUUAAAUUAACUCGCAGAGAAGAUAACCUCAAAAUUGAAGGUGUAUUUGAAGACCUCUCACGAAGAGACGACUAUAAAAUCAAUCGCGACAAGCAAUCAGCCAUUACUUAUUAUACCAAUGAAACAAAAAAUGUUUCUAGAGAUAAAAUAUCAGAAUAUACGAAUGGUCAAAGUCCAGGCCCAAAAAUUCAUGAAGAUAAAGGAGAUCGAAGGUCACCGAUGUCUACACCUAAACAUACGGAGGAAGGUGCUACGCGUCAUCCAUCGCACUAUCCAUCCGAAAGUAAUAAACCACUAGGAUCUAAACCUACUCAAGAUACAGAUUCAGAAGACCACAUAAAUCGUUCACCACAAUUCAGUAAAACGCCAGUAGGCCCUGCUGAUAAAAGUAAAGAUGCACGUCGACCCAAAUGGGGUGAACCUAAAAAUAUUCUGUAUCCGGAUGAAGAAACCAGUGGAAAACCUCACGAUUCAAAAUUUCAACCAGAUGAAAACGUUAGACCUGAUUUUAAUCAACCUAGAAAACCUCAACAAAUUCAAGAGCGAACUAGUCCUAUUCGACCGAAGGAUAAUCUUUAUCCUGAAGGUAGUAUGGAAGGUUCUCCAUCUUCAAUUAAAACUGAUAGUUAUGUUCGCCAUACAGAUAUCGUGAAACAAGAUGACAUACAUAAAAUCACGCGACAAGUUAAUCCGGACGAGAUUCGACAAACUCGUAACUUGACUAAUAAUGAAGACCAGAGAUACCAUUCUAUAACUCAUACUGAUAUCUCUAAACAUACUGAUGAAAAACAUUCUCACCAUGCUGUCAAGUCACAUGUUACUAAAACUGUAUCUAAUACACAAAAUGCAAGCUAUGCGCAAAACUCCCACUCUGAGAUACAUACUAAGGUAACAGGCAUUGAUAAUACCACCGUAGAAAAAUCUCAACACAUAAAAUCAGGGUCAGACAUCCACGACUCCCGUUUAACUCAAAAUCGCGAACUUUCAAAAAAUGACGUCCAUACAUUAUCAUCUCAAAAGAUAAAUCGUAUAACAUCUCAAGAUAUAGUUAAUCGUGACGAAACUGAUCGUAUCACUUCGAGACAUUCCACGGGAAGAACUGUUAAUAAAACCGACUCUAAAAUUAAUAAAAGUGUGUCUUCUUCAAAUAAAAUAAUGAAACAAAUUACUGAAAAGAAAUUAAUCGGUGGUAAAUGGGUAACAGUGACAAAGAAUGUUGAAGUUACCACUGUUUCCGAUGGUGAUUCAAAAACGACAGACAACAAGGGCAUUUCCGACGGUCGUUCUGAAAUCCGUAAUAAGCAAACUAGCAGUACUAUGGGAAGUAUCAUAUCGUCAGAUCAAGUUAACAUGAAUAAUGGUGGUCCUAGUCAGCGUAACGUUUUGAAUACUACCCAUAUUGUAAAAGGAAGAUCUGAUGAAAAUAAUGAUCAAUUUGUUCAACAUUCGAUUUCUAAUAAUCAUUUAACCAAAACAACAGGUCUAUCAUCACAAAAAAUUAUUAGCUCUGAACAACAUUCAUCAUCUUCAACUAAUCAGGCUAUACGAAAUCAAUCUCAAAUCUGUAGUCAUGUAUCUUCGGGUGUUCACACACAAGACAACUUGUAUAAUACGAGUCAGUCUAGAGGUGUCAAUCGACAUGACAAAAAUACAUCUUCAAUAAGUCAAGUAAGUGACAGGCAAACGCAAAGACAUGAAGGUGGCGAUAAUGUUCAAAGAAAACAUGUAAGUGAUCAGUCAUCUAUAAGUCACGUAACUUCAAACCUUGACAACCGAGAUAAUCGCAGUACACAUUCAUCUGAUCGCCAUAUCCAACGUACUGCAGGGUCGUCCACAAAUAUUUCAACUUCAAACCACGUUGAACAUAAUGUUUCUAAAGUGUCUUCAAGUCAUCAAUCUCAUUCUAUAAAUAGAAAUCAACUAAGCGAUAGUGUAACAAAGACUAGCAUCGAGUUCCAGAGAGCAAUGCAUGGUGGUGGAGAUGUUCCAAUGGCCUCCGUAGAUAAAACGUCCCGUUCUGGCCACCACAAGCGUACAUCGGAUUUAGUUUCGGAUAUGACAAGUACAAACGCAGUACUUCAUCGUAAGGGUGUUACAUCGACAACAGAAGCCCAGCACUCAAUAAGUUCCACGGCCGCUGCUCAAAGAAAAAGCAUAACCAACCUUAAUGAACGUGGAGAAUAUAUAAGCAAUUCAACCCACAGUGCUGAUAGGAAAAGUAUCAGCUCUAUGCAUCGAUCUGGUCGCGAUAAUGUAGCUGUAAUAUCACAACAAACCGAAAACGACACACGUCGUCAGCAAAAGAGAGAUGGUCAGUCUACAAUGGUUGUUGAUCGGCAACCACGUGUCGUAAGAGAUAAUCUUCGAGUAGGCGGCGAGUUUUAUGGGCAGUCUGAGGCGCGUUCCUAUGGAAGUUUCUCUAGGUCCAAUCAAGUGGAGCGGUCAGAGAGAAAUGAGCGUAUAGAAAAAGUUGAACGUCAUGUGCGACAUGGUACAACUUCGCACUUUGUUUUAGGUGAUGGUGGUACUAGCUAUAAGCGUGAAUAUACAGCACAUGUUCAUGGAACUUGCCCUGCGACGCUGAUCGAAUCGCCGCGUACUCCAUUCAAACACUCUCGCGACUCCCGUGAGCAUAAAUUCUAUACAUCGAAAACAACACAAAAAACGCCUCAGUAACUUCAAUUGUAUUGAACUAACAAAAAACUGUAUCAUUCCUUAUUAUUUGGAACUUUAUACUGGACUAUGUUUUAUAUUAUACCUAUUUUUAUAAAUUAACAUUGCUAGACUAAAAAAUGUAAUGUGCCUUUUAAUAAAUUUUAUCUAAUUAUGCGUAAUAUAUUUAAUAUUCUUUAAAUGUAACGAUGUUUAACUGUUUUUUUAUUUGUCAAUCAUUGCCAUGUAAUAAAUUUUAUAAUAA